GACGGCGACGCAUCACCAUGCCGGGGUAUAAGAAGUGUGAGGGUCCUGUGUGAAGCCACCAUCCGGUCCAAAGUCGCUUGCAGCACAGGUCUUAUCCAGUCAGCAGUCAUGAAAUUCUCCCUCAUUGCCACUGUUGUCGUGCUUGCCCUUGCACAAGGAAGCUUUGCACAGGAGGCCUUCAAUCUUGAAAAGCUCGGUCAGUAUUUUGAAGAGGUGAAGAACAAAAUGACUCAGGAGCUGACUGAGAUCAUCCGCAAUCAAGACCUGGCAAACCAGGCUCAAACCUUCCUGGAGGACAGGAAAACCCAGAUGGAGCCCCUGGCUUCUCAAAUCCAGGAUCAGCUGAGGACCGCUGCUACCAACAUCGAAGAGCAGAUCAAACCCCUGGCCGCCCAGAUGCAGCCCAUGUUCGAUAACCUCCAGAAGCAGAUGGAGGCUCUGAUCCAGAAUAUGGCAGAGCAGGCCCGGGCCAUUGGAAAAUAAAUUCAGCUCCACUAGCCGAGCUCAACCUGCCACCACAUCACCAACUUUUGUUGUGGACUGAAUUACUGCAGCUGCUCAUGUUGGAUGGCUGACCCAAAAUAUGUUUCAGUGCUUGUUAAUAUUUGACACUUCUUUGGUUCUGUCACAAAGCACAAUAAAAAAAAUAAAUUUGGAACACAA